UCUAAACGGAUAACAUAAUUAAUUACACUCAUUUCCCAUUCCAACACACAUGGCAUCCAUUCCCCUCCUCUCGCCACCCGCCGCUGCUACCACGACCACCGCCGCCGCCUGCAGCAACCAAUCCUGCUCCCUUCCCCUCUUCCCACUCUUCUCCAAGUCCCACCGUCGACUCACGCGCCUUCACGUGUCCUCCCCCACUAACAACCCCCGCACUACCGCCACCCCCACCAGUCCCCCCACCUCCGGCGAGACCAUAUUCUUCGACGGCGGGGCCCACUACGGAGACCUAGUGGCGAACCUUCUUCUGGGAUUCACCCUCUUCUGGCUCCCCCUAACCCUAGCGGCAGUGUCACGCGCCAUGUACCUGCGGUACAGGUUCACCAACCUGAGGGUGACGGUGAUCUCGGGGCUGACGGGUGAGGAUCGAAGCGACUUUGGGUACAGCGUGGUAAAGGACGUGCAGGUGGUGCCACGUUUGAUCGGAGAGUGGGGUGAUGUUAUCAUAACCCUGAAGGACGGAACGAAGGUGGACCUUAGGAGUGUCCCUAAGUUUAGAGAGAUCGCGAAGUACUGCCUGGAAAUGGCGCAGAAAUCCCAAGUUUUGAAGGAAAGUGGACCCAAAGGUUUUUAGUUUCCCUACUUCUUCUAUUCUUUCCUUCUUUCUUUCUUAUACGCCUUCUUCUGCUGCACUAUCCCUCUUUCUAUACUUAAAUGUAAAUUUCUAUUUCAUUUUCUUCUGUCAAAUUGAGGUUAUUUGCAAAAAUAUCAAGAGAAAAAUGGCAUAGAGAAGAUGAAUGAGAGUAGAAAUGUUGAUUGGAGCUCGGAGGGUUAAAGUGUAUUUAAUCAUAACAUUAAAAUAAGAUUUUAAUUAAU